AUGGAGUCAACAGUGAUCUCCGCCAUGAAGGGCGAAAAGCUGAAAGACCCUCUGCAAUGGAGGAACUGGUUCGCACGAAUUAAGCUGUACGCACGCCAGAAGAGGGUGUGGGACCUCAUUGACCCCCAUACCGAAGAAGGUUACCUCGAGGAACCAAUACGCAAGCCUCGAAGACCUCAAUACCCAGAAGAUGGCAACGAAUCAGCGAAGAGAGAGUGGAGAGACCGCAUGGAUAUCUAUAAGCUCGAUUUGAACGAAUGGGAACAACAGAAUAAGAGCCUAGACGCUAUUAACGAGUGGAUCAUCUCCAAUUUGGAUGCAAUUCACCAUACUUCCAUGUUGAACUACCAAACCCCAUACGAAAGACUUGUGUAUCUCCAUACUCGAUUCGGUAGAGCGACAGCCGCAGAAGAAGACGUGCGUACGCAGUGGAAGCGAGUGUCUGCAUUACCACCAAAGAAAGGUGCAGAUAUCGACCAGUGGAUUAACGAAUGGGAUUCACUAAGAGAGCAGGGUGUCAGCCUAGACCUGCCAGAGAUAAAAAACGCUAACAAGGACUUCCUUCGUGCGGUCAAGGAUCUGCUUCCUAUGUGGUGGCAAUCCAAAUUCGAGGCAAUUGUAUUGCAUCAAGAAGAGUGGGAUACUCGCGAUUUGAUCGAAAACUUCAGAGGAACCUAUCGUGAGAUACACCCACAGAGAUCUACCGUUAGUACGAUCUCAAAAGCUUCUUUCUCAACUCUGCAAGGAUUCGAAGAAGCAAAGCAAGAAGAUCAACAGCAAGCGCAACCGCUACAACCGCAGCAACCACGAUUCUUACCACCGAUUCCAAAGCGCUGGUGCCCAUGCGGUAAUAAGGUCCAUAAGCCAUGGGACUGCUGGGUCAUCAACCGAGAGGCUUUCCCAGACAAACCUGCACUGAGAUGGAAGGUCAAACGUGUCGAGGAACGUCUUUCGAAAGAUGAAGCGUGGAAGACCUGGAUAGAGAAGAUGGUCAAGGACCAUAACGAGAAGAACGGGGUUAACGAUACCACUAAAAUGGCCAAUUCAACGCAGCUCUGGGGCUCGUACUUUACCAGCUUUCCAAUUAAGCAGGUGUACCAAAGCGUGAAAGCAGCAGGAGAAGACGAUACUCGCAAGCGAUGGUUCUUGGACACCGCAUCAUCAGUACAUAUAUGCAACCAGAGGGACCUAUUCACUAAGCUCACACCGAAGCAAGAUGGCUUGAAGACCGGUGACUCGUAUACCGCUGUUGAAGGAAUUGGAAGUGCCAUAAUGACAGGCGUGGGGCCUGAUGGCUCUACCAGACCAAUCCAACUAAGCAAUGUGCUAUAUUCACCUGAUUUCCAUGCGAAUUUGAUGUCUUAUGCAGGCCUAAAGAAGAAGGGUCUGAAAUGGGAUGAGGACAACGAAUGCAUUAAGGAUUCCAAUGGUGAACCCGUCAUCAAUGUGCGCCUAAACGAAGCGUUAGAUAUAUGGGCAUUCGAUCAACCGAAGGAGCAAAUCUUACCAGAAGACCUUGCCCAUGCACAUGCACAUGCGGUACGCACAUCGGAGAAACCACUGGUUGCAGAAGCUUCAGUAGACCGCUGGCACCGACGAUUAGCCCACGUAUCCAAGCGUGUGGUCAAGAAGGCCGCCGAGAUAGUGGAUGGCAUCAAAAUCAACGAGGAUCUGCCAGAUUCGACAUCGGAGGAAGAAGAAAGGGAACUCUGUCAGAUAUGCAAUCUUGCAAGCGCACCACGCCAGAUCUCAAGACGACCCAUCGGUCGUAGUUUCGGGAGAUACGGUCGAAUCCACUUCGAUCUAGUGCAGUUUCCCCCUGGGUACAAUAACCACCAAUGGAUGACCCAUUUCUAUGUUGAAGGCAUCAGAUUUCACUGGUUAUAUACACACCAAUUCAAAUGGGAGUGUAGGGAUGCAGUCAGAAACUUCAUUGCCCUAGUCAAGAACUGGUGGAACCUACCAAUCAGAGCGUUUCAAUAUGACAACGAGCUAUCCGCAGGAGCAGAAACCGAAAGCUUCCUAAGCAAUAUCGGCAUCGUCGUCUCACACAGUAUCCCAUACCACCCUGAGCAGAACGGUUCUGCAGAACGAUCGGGAAGUGUCAUCCUGACGAUGGCUAGGCACCUACAAAUAGAGAGCCAGUUACCACAGAAGCUAUGGCCAGAGAUGGUUAGCACUGCAGUAUGGAUUUUGAAUCGAAUCCCUACACACCUGAAAGAGGAGAAUCACUGGAUUGUGCCGUGGAAUGAAGCACGAAAGGACUUCGGCGGCGAGAGGAUGAAGAAGGCAAGUCUUGCCAAUCUCCGCGUGUAUGGGUCGUUGACCUACUGCCGAAUCCGCCAUAUACCACGCUUGCAGAAGACCUCUCCCCGUGCAGAGAUUGGGUUCUUGGUAGGAUACGUUGCUUCGAAUAUCUGGAAGGUCUGGUUCCCUGCGAAAGGAAAGGUUGAAAUCGUGCGAGACGCAAGGUUCGAUGAAGCGAGACGAUGGAAACCUGAUAUGCAGUACUGGCAAGAUAUCGAACUGCCUAUACCUGAACCGACGAUUUUGACCGACGAGGAACAUCUGAAUGUCCUACGAGAGGACCUCGGGAUGCCUGCGGAGCUAUCAGCGAACCGAAAUACAGAGGAGGAUCGGCAACAGGAUCAUAACGAAAUCUGUCACGAAGACCAAGCGAUUCAUCAGCGUGUUUGUGAGGUUGAAGAAGAAGAUCCUGACCAAGGAGACCCUGCAGAACCUACCGUUGAGACUACCGCUGAACCUCAGGGGGUGGUUAUACCGAUUACCCCGGAACCUGACAGUAGAGACCAUCUACUGGUAGAUCAUCCUCUGCCGGUGGAGACCCUACCAGGCUCAUUUCCGAUCGAAGAGCCUACGAUUUUACCACUAAGUCCUCCAGGAGACCAAAUCACCACUGUGUCUCCUAGUGCAGCUGGUCAGGGGGUGGACAACCAGCCAAUAUCCCAGGCUACCAACCAGAGAUCCUGUCUCAAUGAAGACCAGCCGCCAGAGCCGGAGAUACCGCCUGAAACUCUCACAGGAGAGGUUACCGAAGAAGAUUCGCUUUCUGAUAGCGAGCAGCAGCUACACACUGAACUACACACACGAAGAAGCGAUGGAAUCGACACUGCCAAUAUCCUCGAGGGCAGCAGAAGAAGAAGACCAAGGGUAGAUCCCGACUACCACGCAUACGCCACUAUCCUAACACCACUGAUCGAAAACGAACCACCUGAACUGCUUCGCACAUUCGCAGCAGCGUUAUACACCGAGAAGCCGAUUCAACGCCACAGAGACGAUCUACCACCAGUACCUAAUGGGUGGAGAGAGAUGAUGAAGCAUCCAAUGGCAGAGGGUUUCCUAGCUGCAUGCGCGAAAGAGAUACGAUCUCUACAAGAGAAAUCAACCUUUACCGUCAUAAACCGACCGAGAGACGUUUCGAAGCAGAUCCUACCACUCCGAUGGGUCUUUGCAUAUAAAUUCGACCAGGACGGUUACCUCCAGAAGCUCAAGGCACGAAUCUGCGUGCGAGGUGACCUCGAGACGAUAUCCCCAGAGGAUAAGAGGGCGGUUACACUCGCAGCAAGGUCUGCGAGGAUGAUCUUCGCACUAAUCGCAGCGUUCAACCUCGAUCUCCGCCAGAGAGAUGCAGUUACAGCGUUCUUAAAUAGUGAACUGCCUACCGAGACCUACACAAGAAUGCCAGAAGGAUUCGAUAGACCAGGGAUGUGUUGGAAGCUACAGCGGGCGCUAUAUGGAUUGCGCAUCUCACCAAAGCUAUGGCAACAAGAAGCAUCUCGAGUACUCGAGAAACUAGGUCUCACACCAAUACCAGAAGACCCCUGUGUCUUCGUCUCACAAGGAAUCAUCGUCUUCUUCUAUGUUGACGAUAUCCUCAUUGCUAAUCACCCAUCAGUGCGCGAGAAAGCUAAGCAGCUAGAAAAGGACCUCGAGGCACACUGGGAGCUCACAGACCAUGGGGAAGCUGAAUGGUUCUUGAACAUUCGAAUCAUCCGCGACCGCAGUGAACAUAAGCUUUGGCUAUGCCAAGAUGCCUAUAUUAGCAGUAUGGCAGCCCGAUACAAUCUGACAGACCGUCCGCCGGUCUAUACACCACUGCCAGUGGAAGAAAUGAAGCCAUACGAUAGCACUGCAACCCCUGCAGAGGUCAAACUAAUCCUGGGCCUCAACAUCAACGUGCAGUGGAUAGGGUCAUCUGCUAUCUCUAUACCACGCGAUACCUCGCUUUGCAAUUCGGUGACAAAGGAGAUAUGGAAUCGAUUGAAUUGGCAAGCGACGCUUCUUUCGCAGAUAACAGAGAUCGCCGAAGCUCUGCAGGUUAUAUCUGCCAGGUUUAUGGUGGACCAGUAG